UACCAGCCUCAGCACCCUGCUCAGCUACUCCAUCCAGAUAUGCAAGGGAAUGGACUAUCUGGGAUCUCGAAAUUACAUCCACCGGGACCUGGCUGCCCGAAAUGUGUUGGUGGAAAACGAGAGGACGGUGAAGAUCGGAGAUUUCGGCCUCACCAAGAGCAUCAAGGACAACGAGGGAUAUUACACCGUCAAAGACGAAAACGACAGCCCUGUUUUCUGGUAUGCUCCAGAGUGUCUGACUCACUGUAAGUUCUACCUUGCUUCAGACGUUUGGUCCUUUGGGGUGACGAUGUACGAACUCAUCACCUACUGCGACUCCUCCAAGAGCCCGAUGACGCUUUUCCUCGGUAUGAUUGGUCGAACUCAAGGUCAGAUGACUAUCAUCCGAUUGGUGAAGGUGUUGUCAGAAGGGAAGAGGUUGCCACGUCCCGAAGGCUGUCCUGAGCACGUGUACGAGCUGAUGCGCCGGUGCUGGGAGAACAUGCCCGAGAGGAGAAUCACCUUCAAGCGGCUGGUGGAGGAGCUGACCGCCAUGCAGCAACAGCAACAACCACAAAACGACCUUUAAACCUCCUCAAACUGUUUAAAGCUCUGGGAGUGAAGCUGACUUUUGCGUGCAGACUCGGGACCGGAUUUUAACAGCAAAACCGACCUGAGAUCAGCAUCUGCUUGUGCGUCUUUAUUGUACCAAGAGACGGUCCUAAAGGAUCCGAGCUUCACACAACGCCAUAUAAACCUUCCACAACCAAGAAAAGACUUUCAAUCCUAUCAGUCAUUUUAGUCUGCAAUAUUUUUAUUUCUCAUAUUUGUUAUCCUAUUCUGAGUUAUGAGUAUUUUGAAUGAAACAAGUAAAUCCUAUGAACUAUUGUAGCCUAAGCCUGAUAUCUUAAAAAGGACUUCCAAGUGUAUCUAAGGGAUUUAAUUGUCUACAUUGCCAGAAAUUUCAAACUCACGUGGUUUCACCGCUCUUAAGUGUGCCAGAGGCCUAUAUAAUCACUUGGACUGAUAUCACUCUCACUGAUGGACGCUUGAACGAUAAAGAUCGAGCAUGGAAAGGCCCCGCCCACUUUCACACAGUCAAACGAUUGUGUGGUGGUCUUCUUUGUGACAGACACCGAGUGGAUCACUGAUGAAUCAUGUUGAGAAUUGCUCCGAUGGAUGGACACAGGCAUUACCACACAUACUGAAGAUGUGGUUUUUCAACAUUUUCGCCGCUGCUGUUUGUCUCAUGGACUCCUGUUUGGGUGUAUUUCUUCUUCUAGGCAGAGCGCCAUGGAGUGAUGGAUAAAAUACUUUCUGUGCAGAUGCAGUCACUAAGAACUGGCUUUAAAUUAGAGCCACCAAUCAGUCAGCAAUGUUCCUUUCACUGUGUUGUUUUCAUUAAGUACUUUUUUUUUUUUUUUUCUUUCUAGCUAAAAUGCCCAAAAAUGUAUUUUUUUAGUUUUAGACUGUCGGAUUAAACGAACAAUUUUAGACAUAUUUUGGGUUUAGGAAACUGUGACGGGCACUUUUCACUAUUUUCAGACAUUUUAUAGACCAAGUCAUUGAGAAAAGAAUCCACAGAUCAGCCUUCAUUGUUUAAAUGUGUAACAAAUGCCCAACCAGACACACAAAGGGCUGCAUCUGCACAGGAACAGAACAUCUUUUUCUUUUAAAAGGUUAUGGCUCUCUAAUCAAUCGUCCAUUUGGUUUCAUCUUCAAAUAACCAGGAUUUACAUGUUUUGCUCUGAUUGUUUAAGGUGGUCCAGUUUAUAAUCUCUAAUCCAGCUUGGUUCUUUAAAUGUAACAAAUCAGUUAACUUAGUUGAGUGAGAUAAAGGUAAGUACCUGUGAGAGACACUUGAGGGCAGUAGCACUUCACUUUUCCUCUCCCCUCUGUGUAUUUGCAGCUUUCCACAAAUACUUUACAAAAUGUCUAUAUACUAUACAGGAUGGUGUACACAAAAAAGGGAGACCAUUUCCAUAGUUGCAGAUUGUAUAUGGAACACACAGUUUAAAGUUAGAAAGAAUAAGUAUCGAUUGUUCACAUGACAUUUUAUGAUUUUGUUAUUACAGUUAAAACUAUUUUUAGUGACAUUCAUAAAAAUGAUUUAUGUGCAUUUUACUUGUAAUGUUUACUUUUAAUUUUCCAAUAUGACAAUGACAGAACAUUUAUACCAGUGUAUUUUAUCGGAGUAUGUGAAAUGGUUUGAGCAGAGGGUUUUUUUCUGUUUUAAAUCCAUCAGUAGACAUGCGCAGCAAAAUGUCGCUCUGUCAUCAUGACUAUGGUCAGUUCUUCAUGUAACUGUAUGGCUUGUACUGUGAAUGUCAACAAAAAAAAGUCAAGAAGACAAAGUUGCGCUUUAGUCCACAUUUUAUUUAGGAAUGUAAAAGACAAUUCCUUCUGCUCAAAAUAAGAGAAAAGAAAUUUAUAUAUUUUUCAAAAAAUAAGACAAAAGUAUGAAUUAUGGAAGGUAACCAUGAAAAAAUAAAUAAAAUCAAUGUU